UAUCAAAAUAAAAUAAAUCUACAAAAUAACUGACGUCUGUCCUUUUUCAGGUAGCCGCUUUGGGAUUGGCCGUGGCACCUACAAAGGAGUCCCGCAAGAACAACUCAUGCGGAUUCCCCACGAUAUAAACCCGAGAGCUGCGCCCAAAUCGGCUCAGCCCUCUCGUUUCCUUGCACACAAAUAGUUUUGGAGGGACGGAGAGAGAGCGGGAGAGGGAGAGACCGGAAGCCGUUCACUCUUUUCCCCCCGUUUUGGUUCAAGGCACUGCAGGCCGAGCUGCUUUGCUCGUCUUGCUCGAGAGGGUCUUUGACGACAAACGAUACCCUCCAAGCAAAGUCGCGGGAACGUGCGCAGCCUAAUAAGAACUCGUCACCAACCCACCUCAAUCUCUUGGAGCAACACUUCCUGUCCCUCUAUAAAUAUUUAUUUAGCCAGUCUCAACCUACUGCUAAAUUCCUCAAAACUCUGUGGCACCCAAGAAAAACUCGGCGGCCAACCGAGUGGGAAGCGAAGAGAAAGAAUCCACCAAACAAACACUUGGCGAUGUGUAAGGCGGUGACCCCGGACUCUCCCUCCCCGGGCCAAUGCGACCACCAUGAAGAACCCCACGGUCUCCUCGCAGUCCCCUUCGUCCAGAAGCAGCAGACGACCACGAGCCCAUCAGAGGAUGUUCCGAUACUCAAGCCGAAGCCGCCUACCGAGCUCGCUCUUGGCUUGGUGGAGGCCAAGUCUAUAUUAAGCUUGGCAGUCCCCAUGGCUCUGACCAGUCUCCUCAUCUACUCCCGCUCUAUGAUUUCCAUGCUUUUCCUCGGGCGCCUCGGUAGCCUCCCACUCGCCGGGGGUGCCCUCGCCAUCGGUUUUGCCAACAUAACCGGCUACUCUGUCCUCUCCGGGUUGGCAAUGGGCAUGGAGCCAAUUUGCGGCCAGGCGUUCGGUGCCAAGAAGCUCCCCCUCCUCGGUCUCGCCCUUCAGCAGACCAUUCUCCUCCUCCUGUCGGUUUCCAUUCCCGUUGCUUUCCUCUGGACCAACAUGAGGCCGCUCCUCCUCCUCUGCGGCCAGGAUCCCGCCAUCUCCGCCGCCGCCCAGUCCUACAUUCUCUUCUCCCUUCCCGACCUCUUCCUUCAGUCUUUCCUCCACCCACUCCGCGUCUACCUCCGCUCCCAGUCCAUCACCCUCCCCCUCACCUAUGCCGCUGCCCUCGCCGCCCUGCUCCACCUCCCCAUCAACUACUUCCUUGUCUCCGUCCUCCGCCUCGGCAUCCCCGGCGUCGCCCUUGCCUCCGUCUGGACGAACCUCAACCUCCUCCUCCUCCUCCUUGCCUACCUCUACCUCACGGGGAUUUACAAAAGCACCGGCGGAAUAAUUCCCUCCGCCGAGAGCUUCCGCGGCUGGUCCUCUCUUCUAAACCUCGCCCUUCCCAGCUGCGUCUCUGUCUGCCUGGAAUGGUGGUGGUAUGAGAUCAUGAUCCUCCUCUGCGGCCUCCUCCUCAACCCCAAAUCCACCGUCGCCUCCAUGGGCAUUUUGAUACAGACUACAUCGCUUAUCUACAUUUUCCCUUCCUCCCUUAGUUUUGGCGUCUCUACUCGCGUCGGCAACGAGCUCGGUGCCAACCGGCCUGACUGCGCGCGGCGCGCCGCCUGUGUCGGCCUCUCUUCCAGCUUCCUCCUCGGGCUUAUUGCCCUCAGCUUUGCCGUCUCCGUCCGGCAUGCAUGGGCCCGGAUGUUCACCGACGACCCAUCCAUCGCAGUGAUCACCGCAGCGGUGCUUCCGAUACUAGGAAUGUGCGAGCUGGGAAACUGCCCGCAGACCACAGGCUGCGGAGUCCUGCGAGGAAGUGCACGGCCGCGGGCCGCGGCCAACAUAAACCUCAGCUCUUUCUACGCCGUCGGGAUGCCGGUAGCCGUCGGCCUCGCCUUCUGGGGAGGGCACGACUUCAAAGGCCUGUGGCUCGGCCUCCUCGCCGCCCAGGCCACAUGUGUCGUGCUCAUGCUUGCUGUCAUCCACCGCACCGACUGGGACCUGCAGGCCGAGCGGGCGCAGAGGCUGACCGGUGCAGCACGCGACGCCGGAAUUCUCAACGGCCAUUUAAACGAACCUGAUGAGAAACAUCUGCACCAGCUAAAAGCUAGCGCAGUGGACGAUGAAGAUGAGAAAGCCAAUUUGGUGAUUACAAUAACAGUUGAUCAAUCUUCCAAACAAACUUGAUCUUUGUGUAUUUGCAUUUCUUCUUGUUUCCUUUUUUGUUUUUGUUUACUUGUAUUGCAACAAGGAUGUUAGUCAUUAGUAUUACAAAGAGAAGGAGAAGAGUCCAUGAGAAAUGUCUUAAACUAUAUCUUUUUGGUUGGUGUGUCUUGUAGUUGUAGAUAAGAGCUAAAAGAAAGGAGGUGUCUCGACUGCGU